GCAGAGCGGCCUGGGCUGGUGCUGAGGCUGGACACUGUUCUGGGCGCCUCCUAUUUGGGAGGGCACUUUGGGGCCAAGUCUCAGCGGGACCGGUGUGCACGACCGCAGGGUGCACCUGUGCCCUGGUUCCCACUGCAGCAAGUGUCCUGGAAGCGUUUGGUCCUGGUUGGGGAGGAGAGCGUGGAAACUGCGGUACUGCCCAGCCUCACAGGGGCAGGUAGCUUCCAGGUCUGCAGCAACAGGAGAACAUGAAGGAAGACUCUCCUUCCGGCUCCCUCGUGCCGAUCAGCGACAGCAAGUCCAUUCUGAAAUCAGAGCUCUUGAGCCUGCUGAAGACCUACAACUGCUACCAUGAGGGCAGGAGCUUCCAGCUGAGACACCGAGAGGAGGAAGGGGCUCUAAUCAUCGAGGGUCUCCUCAACAUCGCCUGGGGGCUCCGCAGGCCCAUCCGUCUCCAGAUGCAGGACGACAGAGAGCCCACACACGUCCCCUCUGCCUUGUGCCUGCCUGCACCACCCAGCUGUCCCCUAAAGGAGCCCCCUCAGCAGGACUGCGGGAUCACUGCCCAGGAGCCAAGUGCCCAGGCACUGCACCAGGCCGAGGGCUCCAGGGACAGCUCAGGGAGCCCAGAGGAGGAGGAAGAGGUUCCCCAGCUGAUGCGGACUAAGAGUGAUGCCAGCUGCAUGAUCCAGAGGCGGCCCAAGCGCCAUGCGCCCAGUGAGGCCCAGCGGAUCCAGCGGCACCGGUUCUCCAUCAACGGGCACUUUUACAAUCACAAGACCUCUGUGUUCACCCCUGCCUAUGGGUCCGUGACCAACGUGAGGGUGAAUAGCACCAUGAACACACUGCAGGUGCUCACUCUGCUGCUCAACAAGUUCAGGGUAGAAGAUGGCCCUGAGGAGUUUGCACUCUACGUGGUCCACGAGUCUGGGGAGAGGACUAAGCUAAAGGACUCUGAGUACCCACUGAUUUCCAGGAUCCUGCAUGGGCCCUCUGAGAAGAUUGUCAAGAUCUUCCUGAUGGAGGCGGACCUGGGCGAAGAAGUCCCCUACGACGUCGCUCAGUACAUUAAGUUUGAAAUGCCUGUGCUGGACAGUUUUGUUGAAAAAUUAAAAGAAGAGGAGGAGAGAGAAAUCAUCAAACUGACGAUGAAGUUCCAAGCCUUGCGUCUCACAAUGCUGGAGCGCCUGGCACAGCUGGUGGAGGCUGAGUAGCCACUGGUGCCGCCUCUUGCACCACCCCCAGCUAUAAGUGCCGUGGAGCCCAGUGGCCAGGCUGACUGGUCAUGCUCAUCACACCACUGCCUGAGGAAUCCAGCACCCAUGCUUCUAACAUGUUAAAGCCUAACUAGGGUGAGCCCUGGACAAAUCCAGUCCCUGGAAGUGAAGGCCUUUCAGCUGGAGUCUGUGGGAA